AUGGCGCAAUUUGCCGCCUCGGCCGCACAGCUGUCAAUGUCGCCAAUUUCACCCGCCGCCGCCCUGUCAUCUUCGGGUGCCGCAGGAGGCUCCGCUUCUGGACCUCCGCCACCGAGUGGCUCCGUCGGGGCCGGGUCCGGUGUUGGUGGGGCCGUUUCUCCCCCAUUACGUCCGGGCCACCAUAGGGAACAGUCGCAGUCUUCUGUCACCCAGGUACAGGGUGGUAGUGGACAACCUCAGCAACACAAACGGGUGUACCAAGCCUGCAUACCUUGCCGCCGUCGAAAAGUCCGUUGCGAUUUGGGAUCGGUCGAUGAUCCACACGAACCGCCUUGCGUGCGGUGCCGCCGUGAGAGCAAAGAAUGCUACUUUAGCGCGACGAGACGGAAGAGAAAGAUUGAUGAUGGGUCUGUGGAGGAGGACCCGGAGCAGGAUGAAUAUAUCUUGAGGAAUGGCAGGAAAUCGCUCAGGACCACGGUCGAAUCACCUGCGAGCAGCACGGCUGCGUAUGAUCGACGACUCUACAGCGAGGUCCCGCUUACACCCGGAGGUAGCCGGGGGAGAUCGAUACCUCUCAAAAGGCCCAAUGACUUGGCGUCGACGAGAGGGAGAGGGGGGAGUGUAGGCGGUGGUGGGGAGUUUGGGAACGGAGAGCCGAAUACACCACUGGAGAACUUCGAGGCGAAGACCAUGAUGAGGAGGGAGGUGUAUGGACCUCACGAUGCGCUGGACUUGCUGUACAAGGCUGCUACGGAUAAGUUAAUCGACGAGAACCCCGCUCCAAGCCGCCGAGCUACACAGUCACAGGCGCAUUCGCAUUCACACUCCCACUCCAUCCAUGCCCACAAUCAUGUCGAUUCACGCAAGUCGUCGAACACGAUUACACCGGGCACAUACCAUCAUACCCGUCACCCCUCGCGAGCAGAUGGCCCCACCGUCGACCAGCAGAUCGACCCGGAGCUUAGCAAGACCGAGCAGCUGCCGGAUCUUGGCAAGGAAGAGGCCCUCAAGGCCUGGGCGAGAUUCCGCUUCUACCUCUCACCACUUACACCCAUAUCACCGCCGACAUUCCAGACGCCGUCUUCUCACUUGACGUUACUGACUGAGGAACCGAUACUCACCGUGACCCUCUUGACCAUCGCCUCCAGAUACCGCAAGAUGCCCGGCACCGGCGGCCACUGUCGUUCACACGCCAUCCACGAACAGUUGUGGACCUACCUCCGCGGCAUGAUCGAAAGAGUCGUCUGGGGUCAGGAGGCGUUUGGUGGUGGCUUCUGUGGCUCAGGGGCAGAUGAUAUGCAGAACUCGAGCACGGCUCCAUGGAGGGGUCUGCGGAGAGGCAGUCUACGAACUCUGGGCACGAUUGAGUCACUGAUGAUAUUGACAGAAUGGCACCCUCGCGCCCUCCACUUCCCGCCAAACGAAGCCACUGACGAGCUACUCCUUCCUGACUUUAGCUCCCAGAGCCCGGUGGAUAGUGACAGCCACCGGCCUGGGGGGAGGAUUGGGGGCCCCAGAAUUGAAAGCUGGCUUGAGCCGGCGUGGCGGAGUGAUAGGAUGUGCUGGAUGCUGCUGAGCACAGGGAUGGGCUUGGCGUAUGAGUUGGGCGUGUUUGAUGACAUCGACGAGCUGCUCGCCACAGGGGCUAUUGCUAGGCCAGAGUAUGAAGAAGAAGCGUACCGGCUCCGAGCGAGCAGGAUCAAGAGGCUGCUUCUAAUUUACCUCAGCCAACUGGCCGGUAGGUUGGGCUGGACGAACAUGGUACCUGACGAGCUGCGGAGGUCGGACGAGAAGUACACCUUCAAGAGGAGGCCCAAUACUGUGGAGGGCAACACGCCCGGGACUAACCAGUCGUCACUGUCCAACGUUUUCAACUACAUACCUGAUCUGGAGCUCGAUGAUCAAAUCAUUCACUGCUGGGCGGGCAUCAGCAACGCGAUGCACCUCGGCAACGAGAAAUUGUUCAGGUCGAGGAAGCACACGACUGAUAUCAUCCAGAGCGGAAGCUACAUUUCUCUUCUCAAAGAGUUCCAGCCGCUGCUGAGGGACUGGUGGAAUCAUUUUGAGCGAUUCCGGAUGCCCCCAUACAUCAGACACAUACUCACGAUUGAGUAUGAGUACGUCCGCAUCUAUAUCAACUCGCUCUCCCUUCAGGCUGUCGUCGAACGGUGCACUAACAACGCCGGCGGGGGGCCUAACGGGGGCAAUGGUACCGCGACCGGAGGGGAGGGAGGCGGCAGUGUAUCGGGGCAAUCUGGACCGCAGCUGUCACCCCAGACACAGCACUACUACGGCAAGCUGCCUUUGGGCCAGCUAGGCGGUUUUGGUGUUGAGGACCAGGAGUAUGUGAGGGAGGUUGUUAAUGGCAGCCGAAACCUGCUCCGGACCGUGGUCGAGGGGUUGCUGCCGGAUGAUUACCUGAAGCACGCGCCGGUGAGGACGUAUUUCAGAAUUAUCUCUGGGGCUAUGUUCUUGCUCAAGACCUUUGCUCUGGGGGCACCCAAGUCGGAUGUGGAGAUUAGCAUUGGGCUGAUGGAUCAGACUGUCAGCGCGUUGAGGAACUGUGUGGUGGAUGAUGUGCACUUGGGCAUUAGGUUUGCGGAUAUGCUGGAGACGUUGACGGGGAGGUUGAGGAACAGGUUUAUCCAUGCGCCGCCUCCACCAGCACCGCCAGCGGGGUCGGCUACGGGACAGCAACAGCAGGAUGGAAUGGGGGGGAUGAUGGGGCUUCAUGGGGAUGCUAAUGGGCAUCAACAUGGGGGCGUGAAUGGGCACGGGCUGCAUCAUCAGCACUCCCAUCACAACAAUAAUGGGUUGGCGGAUCCGUGGUUGAAGUUGAGGGAGGGGGCUGGUGCUGCUGGUAUGUUUUCUUCUUGUUUUCCGAACCACAGCCAAAUCUUGCUAACCUCUUGUGUCAAGAACGAUCUGCAACCCCAGCCAACAUAUCAGCCACACCAUGGGAUCUCACCACGGGCAAUUUCCCUUACCCGACUGGCUCGGCAUCCAUGUUUGGACCCUCCACCCCAGCCGCAACCACAGGUUUGGACAAUACCAAUGGCAACGGCAACAACUCUGCUCACAGCCACAACAACGGGCUGGACACCAACGCCUUUUUGGACGACUGGACCAACCCCGGAAAUGAAAUGUGGUACCUGCCCACCGGACCGGCCUUCUUCCAAAACAUCGACAAUAGCACCUCGGUGUCGAUGA